AAAACAGUGAUCUAAAAUCACAAAGGGUUUAGUUUGUGGAAAUUAAAAUAAAAUUUCCCCACUAUUAAUGUAACGCGAAAGUGUGAUAAAAGAUCCUCUACUAUAUUCCGACAACCUGCUGGUUUGCAUAUAUAUACUUCCUGCAUAAUGUGUGAAUGUAGUGAAAAAUUGAUGCUGCUGAUUGCUGAUCAUUCACUUAUUUCGAUCUCUCUAGACAAUCAGCAGCAGGAGACCAGGCAGAGUACCGUCGCCUAAGCCACCAAACGUAUUUGGAAGGAAGACAAUGGAUUUAUCAACGACAUCACGAAAGGAAUUAUCAGGGAGAUCGAGUAUCACAGUCGACAGCAAAUCCGCUACAGCUGCUGUCGAUGAGAAGACUUCAUCAAAUCACAACUCCACCUCUCUGCCGUCUCCCAAAUUUUCCUCUGUAGUUUCACCAACAUCUCUCAUACUUGGCACGUCGAAACUAUCUUCAUCGGUUUCAGCCUCCAAGAUUUGGAGACAUACAGAGAGGAGAAAAGGCAUCGGACAUGUUAGCCUGUCAACCUGUUCAUCGUCUCUCUCGAAUGGCCUUUCUUGCCUGCCGCCUGGCGGUUCUACCAGCCCUUUGGCUUCCAACUCGCCAUCACCUGUUUGCAACAAGCAAAGGUCUAAUGAGGCAAAGGUGAGGAAAAUAUUCCCAGGGCCAUUUCAGAAUGAUGGAAAAGAAGCAUCCAACUUGCGAAUAAGUUUGAACAGUCCAUUAGGCUCACACAAAGACUACAGUUCCCAGGCCAUGAUUUCCUGCAGGCCAUCGAGGCUCCGUCCGCCGGCACCUCAGAUCAGAUUCUUUGACGAGAAUACACCUCCGAAGUAUGACGGGACAACAAGAAGCAGAAAAAUACCUCGAAAAGUUGUGCCUGGUGAAUCCUUGCAAGAAUCAAGAAUCGGCAACAGGCAUGCCUCAGCUUGCGUAAAGCUUCCAAGUCCACGCUCAGGAACAACAGGGAAGAACAUCAAGAGAUCAAAGAUCGAUUACACGAAUCCAUUUAUGAAAAUCGGGAGUGCUGAUGAUGUUGGCAACCGUUCUGUAAACAAACAUGGGCCGAAUUCCUGCCAGGAGGAAAACAAAAGAAGGGACAAGUUGAAGAACAAAGCACGGGAAGGGAGUCGCCGGCCCGAAUUAGAAGUCGAGAAAUCCAGUGAUCUAGAAAAUGGAAAGGAAAACACGUCUCGUUCCAGCGAUCAACUCGGCAACCUAAUCGAACAUUUUGACGCCAUCGACCUGAACCAAGAAAAGAGACAAGAACUGAAGAGGAAACAAGCAGGGCUCCGAUCAGCACGCAACAAGAACGACGUACAAAACAAUGGUAUCCCAGCUUAUACACUCAUCAAGAAAGAAACUCACAUGCUGGAAUCUCCACGAUCUGGGAAAGAUGCUGCUUCGAUAUCGGGCAUGAGAGCUCCGCUUGCAGACAAAACAUCUGCUCGCAACUUAAGCGAAGAAUUCCGAUUUCCGACAGAACCGAAGAAAGAGAGGUUAGUGCAGAGAGCAGCGGUUUUUGGUUCUUCAGGAUCAGCUACUCGCGACAAGGAGAAUAAUGAGAAAGCAAAAUUACCUCAUUGAUAUUCAUCAACCUAGUCAUCACGUU